AUGGGUAGAAUAUGGGGCUUGGUGGUUGUGGUGGUUGCAGUAGUGGGAGUGGUGAUGAUGAGGACUCAGCUGGGGAAUCAGCUGGGUUGGGACAGAAGCAAACACUCGGCCCUGAUGCAAUGGUUGAGGGACAUGACCGAUCGACUGGGUUGCUGGGCUAUCCCUGCAUACGUUGGAGUCCACACUCUGACCUUGGCGCUUUGCCUGCCAUACGCCGUCUUCUUCGAGGCCGUGGCUUCCGUGCUGUUCGGAUUUUUGCCCGCCCUGCUAUGCGUCUUCUCUGCCAAGAUCCUUGGGGCCUCCCUCUCCUUUUGGAUCGGCAGGCUUGUCUUCAGAAGUUCUAGCUCUGCGGUGAAAUGGACUCAAAGAAAUAAGUACUUUCACGUGCUUUCCAAGGGAGUGGAGCGAGAUGGAUGGAGAUUUGUUCUUCUUGCUCGUUUCUCACCUCUACCAUCCUACGUCAUUAACUAUGCAUUGGCUGCAACAGAGGUUUCAUUUCUUGUGGAUUUUUUGCUUCCAACAGCGAUUGGCUGCCUACCCAUGAUCUUGCAGAAUACUUCUAUUGGAAGCCUUGCAAGUACUACUGUAGCUUCAGUGUCUGGCUCGCCCCAGAUCUGGUCAUAUGUCUUUCCUCUUCUUGGGUUCUUUUCGAGCAUUCUAAUCUCUUUGAGAGUCAAAAAAUAUUCCGCUGGUUUCACUGUUUCUGAAACCUCUACUUCUGAGGACAUACAAGGCAUUACUAGUGAUGUGGAUUCAACUCAAAAGUUGUCCUACAGAAAAAAAGAGAAAGGCAAGGUCGACGUAAGGUCACAAAAAAACUAA